UCCCAUUAAUAAAGCCAUGAAUCGAAAGACACUCGUAGGGAUUGUAUUGGUGUUGCUCACCAUAUAUGAGUGUUGUUCAGCGCUCAAGAUAUCGCUGUAUUACGAGACCCUCUGUCCCGACAGCCAGAGGUUUGUGAAGCAACAGUUACAUCAGGCGUACCAACUGUUUGCCGAUCAGAUCAGUGUCGAGCUCAUCCCCUUUGGCAAUGUCGACGAGUAUAAGGACCAAAAUGGUGUACUUAAGUACCACUGCCAGCACGGCAUUGAAGAGUGCCGGGUCAUGUGUUUAUACGGACUUCUGGUGGAAGAGUUUAUGUCUAGGAAUACGGAGAAAGCGGCUCAAGAGUGUGCGGAUGAACACCUGCCCGGCCAAUGGCCAGUCAUCAAGCAAUGUAUAGACACUGAUAAAGGCCGGGAUAUAUACCGGCUAAUGGCCAGAAAGACCAAGGAGUUAUACCCGUCGCCCACAUACGUCCCGUGGGUUACCAUCGAUGACAAGUUUGACAAGGAGUCUAUGGCUUUGGUCGAAAGCAAUCUGAUUAACUUCGUAUGCCUUAAGGCUAAUCCCCGACCCAUUGAAUGUCCAAACUCUGGAGCCACUCAUUAUCUACAACAAAAUCAAGAAACUGUACCAUCAUCUGCUUUUGAGGCAUAAAUUAUAAGCAAAUUGUUGUUUUAGUUGUUUUGAAAAUGCUAUUUAUUAAAAUAUAUUAAUAUGCAUU